AUCUGGCGACGACUUCGGAAAAUUCACACCAAGCUGACAUAACAACUUAUAUUGAAAGAAUAGAACAAUUAUUUAUUUGUAAUGAUGUGAGUGAAAAGAAGAAAGUGUCACUUUUCUUGACUUUGUUAGGGGGAGAAGCUUAUAAUGUUUUAAAAGAUCUUUUGUCUCCACAAUUACCUAGUCAAAAGACGUAUACUACUUUAAAAGAGACGUUAAUAAAUCAUUAUAAUUUAAAAAGACUUAUAGUAGCGGAACGAUACAAAUUCUACAGUGCAAAUCAAGAUAGUAGUGAAGAUAUUAAAUCAUACCGAACUAAAUUGAAGAAUCUAUCAAAAUAUUGUAAAUUUGAAGGAUUUUUGGAUGAAGCUUUGAGAGACAAAUUCGUCUUCGGUUUACAUUCAGAACAAAUUAAACAGAUAUUGUUGACGGAGGAUGAUUUAACGUUUAAAAAGGCAUGCGAAAUGGCCACAAAAAUGGAGUUGACAGAAUACCAAAGAGUUACCAUGCCUAGAAAUGAUGAAGAGAAUAUUAUUAAUCAAUUGGAUAACGAUAAGAGUGAUGGAAAGCUAAAUGAAGAAAGUAAUCAGAGUAAAUCAAAUGAAUAUUUAAUUCAAGCAAAUCAAGAGUCAAAUGAUAAAACGACGCCUAUAAGACAAAUGUGUAAACGAUUUACCAAAGUUCAUAAAGAUUAUAGUGCUAUGAAUUCGAGAUGUGUUUCAUGUAAUCAAGUGGACCAUACAUCAUCCAAAUCUUCUACAUCUAAAAACAGAGCUUAUAAUAUAGAAAAUCAAGAAGACAAACAAAAUCAGGAAGAGAAUAAUCAUAUUUUUGAAUUAAAGUUUAUAGAUAUCGAUACAAUUGAUACUUUAGAAGAGGCACGGAAAAAAGCAGGUCCUAAUUACGCAACUUGUGACGAAAGCAGAAGGCAUGAAAAAAGAGUCAUACACGAAAAACAAUUUGACGAUACAUUAUAUGAUACUUGUGAUGACAGUAUAGAUGAAGAUUGCGAUUCACCUUCGCAAUUACAGACUUCGUACAAGAAGAUAAAAAUAAAUGAAAAUUGGGAGUCUGGAAAGAAAUCUUUGCAUGACAAACAAUUUUUGCAUAAAAAGCAAAUCUCGUGCAAUAAAGUCUCACAAAUUGUCGCCUUAUCUACACCAAAGCAUUCAUUGUAUGAUAAAUCACAAACACAGAUAGUUGAUCCACUACAAAUAGUACAAAUGGAUGAGUGUAAUGAAUCGUCUGAAUUUGGACAGCAAGAAAUUAAUGUACAAAAUCUUGAAUUUAUUUCAACUACUGCUCCGUCAGCUACAGUUAGUGACAUUGAAAAGCUGAUUCCGCUUUGUGAAGAAACAUUAAGGUAUGUAAAAAGCAUUGAUAGAAGGCUGAGAGUUUUGGAAAGAGGCGUUGUUAAUGAGGAAGAGCCUGAAGGAAUGAACGUAUUCGAUAACAUACUUCCGAUCAAUUCAAUACAGAAUCUUAAACAAUUUGAAGAAAGCAUUGAAACAGCUGAAAUAAAAACGAAAUUCAUGGAAUUUAUGAAAAGAAUCGGAGGCAAAGGCAACAAAAAUAUGAUACAACGAUGUAUGAGCCGUUUAUUUACAAAUGAAUUCGGCAUAAGUUGUUCUUGGUGUGGUCGCGGGAAUAAUUAUCGCAUGUGCGAUUUAAAAUGUAUCCAAGUUCUAAAAAUUGUGUUAAGAGCCAGAGGUAUCAACGAAUGCGAAUUUGAAACUAUAGCAAGCGAAUGGUUCCGGCUUAGUAAGCUGCGAUAUGAUCGCGAGAAUAAAAAGGUAUUGCCUACUGAUGAUUGUGAUACACAGGAAAAGGAGACAUAAUCUAUUAUAUUGUAACGAUGUAUCUCGCAUCGUUUCCCAGUGGCACACUUGCCACAUAUCCAAUUGAUCAUCCGCACUUCUUUUUAAUUUUUCAAACUGACACUUACAGACAUUUUUAAUCUUUUAAAUCGUGAACGUUAAUUGCAAGGCUUCGCAGGCCGGAGUACGAUGUGCCGAUCGGUAUCUUGAUCUCGUCCACUAAGGAAACAAUUUUGAUUAAACAUUCGAGUGGUAUCGGGAUAUUGAUGAAAUUGACAAAAGCCGUACGAAAAUCCCCAAUUAAUCCUUGUAAUACACAUUUAUAAAGCAAAUUUUUUUGAUAGACAAUUUUUAUUAAUAUUUGUAUUUAUAUGUCUUUUAUAUAUGUUUUUUGGGUUGCUGAUUACAAGACUUGUGUACGUCUGCGAUUUCGAACUCGCAACUGCGAUCCCAACCGAUUUGUAUCGACUGAUUCUCUGUAAUAGAAUUAUACUUAUCUUUAUAGUCAUUCUCAAUCAUUUGCGAACGCAUUAUAAUAUUCGCGACCGCAUUGUUACCAUUGUAAAUAGGUGCAUAUCGUCUAUUCAUCAUCAUGCGCAUUGUUGUAUAUGGUCGUAUUUCUGUCUUUUCAUGUAUUAGAUUGUAGAACAAAAAUACGUAACGUUACGAAUCAAUAUUCAAGCAGUUAUAACUUUGUUAAAUAUGAACAAAAUUUAAAUUUCAAAAAGGAUUUUA